GACUCCGCAGGACAUGCGAGCAGGGCUCCUUUUGCCGCCGCUUCAAGAAGUGGAUCGCGCGCCCAGGCACCAGUGAGCAGGCGCUCUGGUCGGUGCUGCCGGCCUCUAAGCACACGUUGCCCGACGGCGGCUUCGGCUGGGCGGUGAAGCACAGUGCGGAGGCCGAGCCCCACCUGCUCCUGAAGCUGAACCUCUACGAGUCGGGCAUGGUACGCAUGCGCCUGGACGAGAUCGACCCCGUGUUCCCUCGCCACGUCAUCCCGGCGGGCGACUGCGUCGCGGAUCCGCCGCCUGCCGCGGCGGCCAAGGCCCGCAGGGCGGACGUGAAGGGCAAGGCCGUCUUCGUGUUCACGACGACGGGCGGCGCGGAGGUGAAGGCCGAGCUUCAGUUCAGCCCCCUUGCGCUUGACGUGUACGCCGACGGCGUUCUGCUGCAGAGGCUCAACGCGCGGGGCUACCUUAACUUCGAGCGGUACAGGAAGCCUAAGGAGGUUCUGCCUCCCGACACCGCCAGCCCCGCCGCGCCGAAGGAGGUGGUGCUCGACUCCGCGGCCUGGCCAGACGUCGACACCAAGGGCCUCUGGGAGGAGGACUUCGGGGGCCACACGGACCGGAAGCCCCGGGGCCCCGCUUCCAUAGGCAUGGACAUGACCUUCGCGGGCGAUGUGCCGAGCCUCUUCGGGCUCCCGGAGCACAUGACCAAGGCGGCGCUGCCCUUCUACGAGGAGCCGUACCGCUUCUUCAACCUCGACGUGUUCGAGUACGAGAACGACGAGCCCAUGGCCCUCUACGGCGCGGUGCCGCUGCUCUGGGCGGUCCACCGGAACGGCGAGAAGUCGAUGACCUCCGCGUUCCUUUGGCCGCUCGAGCUGGGCCUGCCGCGCGGGUGCUCGCCGGCCGCGACCCCCCCACGGCUGCUGCGGCCCACUGGGCCGCGGGGCCCCAGCGAGGCAGGCGGGGCCCGCCGCUCCACGGCCUCGGCGGGGCUCGGCCCGCCGCUGCGCGGCCUGCGCGGGGCCCCGCGAGCGGCCCUGUCGCAGCGGGCCAGCAGCGCCCCGCCCGCCUGCGUGACCCAACCUGUCGUCGACUCGGAGGACCAUUGCGAGGACGCGGCGGAGGGAAGCAACUGCUUUAACGGGAUCAUGUGGCUCAAGCAGACUGGUUUCAGCAGGCACCCCGACUGGUACCCAGGGUACAGCUCCGAGUCCCUCUUCCAGGACGUGCAGGCCAUGCUCAGCGCAAAGGGCACGGGGCAGUGCCCGAAGCCUUGCAAGGCGACGUCUGCUGAGCGGAGGGAGUGGGCCGAGAUGGGCGUCGUGCCAAAUGCGGAGCCGAUCGGGUACAGAUGUCAGGACGCGGUGGAGGGCGACCGUUGCUUCCGCGCUGUCAGGUGGAUGAUGACAAAGGGUAUCGCGUUGCGCCCCGAGUGGUACCCUACCCUCAAUGCCAGCUCCACGAGUAUUGAGGUGCAGGGGGAGCUCAACCGCCAGGGCAAGGCCGACUGCCCCAGGCCUUGCACGGGCCAGCCUGUCGCCGAGAAGAAGCCGAAGAAGAACGCUACCAGCGUUGCGUACAAGCGCGUGCGUGACAUGACCGCCAGCGAGGUCGACAGGUACAUCAGGGGCGAGUGGGACGGCGCGGUGAACACUUCGACGGAGCCCGCGCUCGGCGCGGCCGAGCGGGCCGCCGCGGCCGAGCGGGCCGCCGAGGCGCUGGGCAUCCCCGAGCUCGCGCGCCUGGCCGCGGAGCUGGGCUGCGCGCAGGACGGCCGAGAUCCUGCGCGCGGCGGACGUCGACGUCGCCGCGGUGCUGAAGCUGCCGGAGGAGGUGCGCCAGAAGGCGGUCAUGUCCAGUGUCGCCCAUGCCGAUCUCGAGCGCCUGCGCCGCCACGCGCUGCCGAUGGUGGACAUGGAGGGCGUGCUGGUGGAGGGCCUCGAGCCGGCCAACGAGACUGUCCCGGACCGCGCGAGGUCGGCGACGUCGCGGCCGACGCUUCCGCCUCGGGCCUCCACUUCACCGAGGCGGAGGCGAAGGACCUCCCGGGCCCCGGCGCGCCCGAGGCCGCGCCGCCGGCGGAGGAGGCGACGAGCGCGACGGAGGAGAGGCCCACACACACCUCUCGGGUGGAGACGGAGGCCGAGAUGGAGGGUGGCACCCAGGAGAACGUGGCCAGCGGGGCUGUCGCGGACAGCGAGUCCCAGGAGGUCGCCAAUGCCACUGUUCAGGACACCGGGUCCAGGGAGGUGGCCGAAGUCACUGCCUCGGACAGCGCGACGGCGCCGCUGGCGGCGGAGGAGACGAACACGACAGUAGAGAUGGCGACACCCGCCACUGCAGUUGGGACGGAGCCUCAGAUGGGGGCUGGCACCAAGGCAGAUGUGGCCAACGGGAUUGUCGCGGACAACGCGUCACAGGAGGUCCUCAACCCGACUGCUCGGAGCACCAUGUGGGACACUAUGUGGCAGGAGGCGUCCGACUUCACUCCCUCGGACGGCGCGGCUGCGCAGCCGGCGGAGGAGGCGACGAACGCGACAGUUGAGGUGGCGACGCCCACCACUCCUGGUGCGACGGAGGCUGAGAUGGAGGCCGAGAUAGAGGCCAGCACUACAGUGGCCAAGAGGUCUGUCGCAGAUGGCGUGUCCCGUGAGGCCGUCAAUCCCGCUGCUCGGGACACCAUGUGGGACGUCAUGUGGCAGGAGGCGUCCGACUUCGCUCCCUCGGACGGCGCGGCUGCGCAGCCUGCGGAGGAGGCGACGAACGCAACACUUGAGAUUGCGUCGCCCACCACCCCUGUUGAGACGGAGGCCGAAGUGGAGGCCGACAUGGAGGCGGAGAUGGAGGCCGGCACCACCGCCUCGGGCCUCAACUUCACCGAGGCGGAGGCGAAGGAUCUCCUUGGCUCUGGAGCGCCCGCAGCCGCGCCGCCGGCGGGGAAGGCGACGAACGCGACGGUCGAGAUGGCGACGCCCACCGCUCAGGCCGAGACGGAGGCCGAGAUGGAGGCCAAGGACGUUGCCAGGAAGCUGGAGGAGCUGGAAGCGCAGAGUCAGGCCAGGGCCAUGGCCAAGAAGAAGAAGCUGGAGGAGAUCACCGCGAAGAUGGAGGCCAACGACCUGGAGAUAGAGUCCCCCGGUGACGCGGGGAGUGCAAGCGGAGACCAUAAGAAGAAGUGGCUCAGAUGA